UAGUACUUGGCACUUCUUCUUAUGAGUUUUUCAAUUCAGUUACACGUUGCUUAUAGAUAGAUCUCAAACGAAAAGGAGCUUUCUCGUUGUUUCUUCACUGUUUCUAAGCAUCCGAACAAGAUCUAGCACAUCAUCAUUGAUUCUCAGUGAUAUCGCAAGUUUUUAAUUUACACAGAGAUGAAUUACAGAAGAGAUAAUCGGUCAUCGAGAUCAUCACUUUUAGAUGGUAUAGAUAGUCUGGAGGAAGGUGGUUUAAGGGCUUCUUCUUCUUACGCACCUGAAAUAAAUGAGCAUGAUAAUGAUAAAGCCAUAGAGAGUCUGCAUGACAAAGUUACUUUUCUAAAGCGAUUAACAGGUGAUAUACAUGAGGAGGUUGAGACUCAUAACAGUUUGCUUGACCGGGUGGGCAACAAAAUGGAUGGAUCAAGGGGUAUGAUGUUGGGUACCAUGGACCGAUUCAAGAUGGUUUUUGAGAAGAGAUCGACAAGGAAAACAUGCUCACUUGCGGCUUAUUUCACACUUGCCUUCAUAUUCAUAUACUAUCUAAUUAGGAUGCUUGGAUAUUUUACUCUAGGAUGAAGCCGUUAUGUUAAAGCUGACUAAAUAUGGUGAUGGAUGUUUGGAAGUAAAAUCCUGUUCCUGUGCUGUAAAUUUUUUGAACAAUUUGCAUGGAGAUGGUUUGAAACUUGCUUGUGAAUUGUGGGCUUUGAAACUUACUGAUGAAGCUCAUCGAAAGUCUAUUGCAUACUUCCCUUCCCUGACCUGACUCCACUCCAAAAUAUUAGGAUGAAGUGAAACCUUCGGUUUCAUUGAUCACUUAUAAAUGGAAUAAUUAUAUUUACUUACCUCCACAAAAAUUAUUAGGGGCAUUUACACACACCAUGUCGAAUACAGUCAUAUCAUAUUCCAACAGACCAAUCUUUUUUUUUUUCUCUGUAGAACCAAAAGGCCAAUCUCUGAAUAUUAUAUUUAUUUGUGGGUAAAAUAGCAAUCAUAUAAAUAUUAUUGUUCAGUUAUACAGACUAAGCAUCUUUCUGCUGUUUCUAUUACCGUUAUUCAUCAGUUUUAUGGCCUCUACAUUCCACAUUUUAACCGCAUGAAUGUCGACAUUACUAUAAAGCACGCCCAGGUGUUCAUGUAAAUUUGUUGAAAUGCUUAUUUGUAUCAAAUCUUAAAUGCAUUUAAAAGUCACUAUGUGCUUAUACAUGGUUAA